AUGGCGUCGGAAGAACAGUGCUCGGUACCACUUCGAUGGCGGUCGAUAUCGCUAACCCACGUAGAGUUCCCUGCUGGUAAGUGUAUUUACUACGCGUUACUCUUCGUUUACAUUCGUCUGAUAGAUGCUCGAAACUUCUGUAAUCUGCAAGAAAUCGUGAGAUGAUUUGCAACUGAUUGGGCACGACCGACGGGAACUGCCAAAUAAUGAGACCUGAAAAAAGCGUACACAGCUCCGAACGUGAACUGCCAAAUUGUGUGACAGUUCCGCAUGCGCAGUUGGGAAGUUGUCCACAAUGCCAAGCUAACUAGCUCGAGCUUUCAUUGCUACAUAUAAGUGUUGUAUUUAAAAAUGGUCAUAUACAACCCAUGCCCAUAAUGAAAUGUUUUCGUUUCGAAUGUAUCUAGUUUGCAUCUUUUAGAGUUGCUACUUUACUACUGGCCCAGUAUAGCCAACUCGUUUUGUGAGAUCGUAAGGUAGCUAGCUAAAUUAACGUUAGCUGCUUAGCUGAAAGACACGGAGUGUAGUUGGCCAGCUAACGUUAUGCCUUCCAAGCCUCAAACAUGAACAUUGACAAAACAUAUGUGGAUCGUGUUACCUUUAUCACGCAAAUUUACAAUUUGUAAUGCCUUGUACAAACACCUUCACGUUAGCUGGUUUAGAUAACUUGCCAACUACCCAGUACACCAACCUUCACCCAUUGUAAUGGCACGUGGGUAACGAUAAAAAAAAUGAAUCAUACAAUUUAGCUUACUAACCUUAUCGUGUUUGAAUAUUAACUCUAACAAUCAGCUAUAUCACAUUGAGCAUGUAACUGCUGCUUGAUGCUAGCUACAGAUUGUAACACCUGAGAAUGUGAGUUUACCAAAGAUUUUUGGUAUCCAUUACUGGGAGUUACAGGUUAGGUACUGUUUGGUGUAGCACAGAAUGUUCUACCAACCUUAAAGAUGUGCUAUGCAGAACUCAAUCCGCCAUUUCCCAGUCGCAAGAAAUCUAAGUUUGCCUAAUUUUAGUUUGUGACAAAACAAGCAAGUACAGUGAAUCAUUGUUCCAUCUAAACCGUUGUGAAAUAUAUUUCCCAUUACCCAAAACAUUUUAUUUUCAUCUGUUUGAAGCUGGUGUACCAAACCGAAAGUCAAAAACGAAACUUAACAGGAAGCAUAUAAUUUGCUCACAUAGAACAGAUCUACUGCAUCUUAGUCUUGCUUUGAAUAAGAAUGACAGAUCUACAACACACAUUUAUAUGUGAAUUUGGUCAGGUUGCCCAAAAAGUUACAUAUUGCAGCUUUAACGGCAUCCACAUGAUUCCCAGCCGAAACAGUUUGUUCAUAUAAUAUGAUGACAUUUUGUGAAGUUUGUCUUCAGCAAGGAUUUUUUCGGUUGUUCCUGCACACCCCAAAAAUUCUCGAGGCAAUCUGAAGUCGGUAGCUGAAGUCUACACCCCUUCCUUGGUCAUUGGUCAACAGUAGGAUUUUUUUCAAUGAAGUGUGUUCAAUCGUUUUCAUGUAGAAUUUUUUUUUAAAUUGAGAAAUACUGCACCAAACAUCUUAGUUAGAUGUAAAAUUGCAUGACUAAGAUGUCCUUGGCUAAAACGUCAAAAUUAAUGAUAUUUCAUGAGUUAUCUUAGAUUAAUUUAGACUAUUUUGAGGAAGCGUAUACUUGCAACAGCGUCUCAAAAUUGACAAAAAGUGCUCUUACCACUUUUCUCGUUUUUCAAGCAAAUCUCUUCAGGGAGUAUGCGAGCUAGGGUUGACCCCAGUUAGUCGACUAGUCGAUUGUUUGGUGGAUAGACUGUUGGUUGACCGAGAUUUCUUUAGUUGACCAGUCACUUUUAUUUUUUUCAUGGCGCACGAAACACCUACCUGAUCUGAUUCGCGAAUGUCUCAGUGGACUAAUCCAUUGCUGAGGCCACUGGGAUGGCACAGUCCAUCACUCUAAGACAUGUGAUAAUGAAAUUGUAUAUGGUUAUAUUAUGUACAAAUAAUGGCGCAACACUAAUACAUCUAAUCAGGGGCGGUGUGUUCAUUAGGGCGAUAUGGGCGACGCACUGCCAAACGGGAAAAGGAAGGGAUUUUUUUUCUAAUCAAUUAUAUCACGGCAACAGUAGUUUUCAGUGUUCUAAUCUAGACGUCUGAUCUGCCACUAAAUGUCCAAUCAGGCUAAGAAAAGAGCAGGUAGCAGCGUCAAUCAAUUCACGUACAACUGUCAAGAUGGCUAGCUUUGCGAGGCAAAGAUGAAACUGAGGGCUCCACCAACCCUGGUAUUUUUCUUGGACUUGUCAACUUUGUGGCACAAUUAGAUGAGGUGUUUGAUGACCAUCUUAAAAAUGCUAAAGUUUUCAAGGGCACAUCAAAGACCAUUCAAAACGAGCUACUGGAGUGUAUGCUAGCGGUCAUGAGGGAACAUAUUGUGGAGGAGGUGAAGUCGGCGAACUUCGUAGCUAUCCAAGCUGACGAGACCACGGACGUUUCUACACAGACACAGCUGGUGCUUGUGCUGAGGUACAUAGAUAGCAACCACAAAGUGCAGGAGCGCUUUUUUGAGUUCCUUCCCAUCUCGGAAUCAACCUCAGUCUCAAUCGCCAGUGUGCUUUUGGAGAGACUGAACGGUCUUUUUGCCGACGACGAGAAAGUCAAACUCAUUGCGCAAGCUUACGAUGGAGCCAGUGUGAGGGGAGAGAAGGCUGGUGUGCAGCAAAAGGUGCGUAAGCAUUUCAAGAAUGCCCAUUACGUGCAUUGCUAUGCGCAUCAGCUGAAUUUGAUCAUGCAGCAAGCUAGAACAGUUUCAGUACAAGUAAUGUAGCCUCUCUCUCUCUUUGUCCCUCCCUGUCUGUCUCUUUAACACACACACACCCAAAUCAGUUCACAGUUGAUGUUGUUUAAAAUAGUUAUUUUUCAUUUAAAAAAAAGUAAAACAAAAAAAAUAAUCUGUUCAUGUUCAUUUUUACAAAUCUAUACAAUUGGCCAGAAUAUGGUUGUUCAUAUUUACAAAUCUAUACAAUUGGCCAGAAUAUGGUUGUUCAUUUUUACAAAGCCAUACAGAUAGCUGUGUUUACCUUUUCUAGAAAUUAUUUUCAAAUUCUGUUUUCAGGCAAAAUGUCUAUCACUGUUCAUUUUCACAAAUCUAUACAAGAGGGCAGAAUAUGGAAGUCUAUAAAAAAUUCUUAUUACCAAUAACUUGCAUCAAUGUUUUCAGUAGCCUCUAUCAAAAGCUCCUGCUUGCUUGUUGUGAAUUAUGCUCAGGUGCACAUAUUUCCAAUUCAACCAUGAGGCCUUUUUGAAGCAAGUAAUGUGUAUAUCAGUAUUGACUUAUAUGCUGCCCCUGUCUUCAUGUUGUUGCUGGACAUAUCUUUUUUAAAAUGUGUGUAGGUCACCUAAAUCAUCAGAAAAAUUGCCCCCCCUGAGAAUUUUUUCAGGAGCCGCCACUGCAUCUAAUAUUAUUUUAUAACAUGCGCUUUCUCCCGCGUUGGAUAUGGUUGCUGUCCACGGUACUGAAACAUAAUCUUCAGUGCGCCGUAGAAUUGGCACCUUUCCCUAUGUUGCUAUGUGCAUAAUAGCAAAAUUAACAAGCAUAUUGAGAGCAGCAGGGAAGAGGAAACAGCCCUUGCCUUAAGCCCUAUUCGGAAGGGAUUAGUUUUACUGGGGGUGGUCGGGUAAUGUAAUUAUGUGCACAAGCACAAAACACCACAUCUGUAAUUUUAGUCCCUUCCGGAUCUGCCAUGUCAGUAAUUUGUACAGAGUAACAAUUCCAGACAGAAUAACUUACUGUUCUUUGGCAAACUCAAAGAUCCUCUGAUAAUACUAGUCCCGUGCGAAUCGACAUUCUUGUGUUUUGAGAGGAAUGUCUGAGUUUGACAGGUAUCUCGUGGUUUGAGCAAGAAAACAAUAACUGAUUCGAUAAAUGGAAUGAAGUGCUGCGCAUAGCCUAUAUAUGAAGGGCCUACCUACAUGUAUUAACUUUCAGUGAAUUAUUUGUUAUAUAUGUUUUGUGCGUAUGAGUUGAAUAUUGCCGAAUGCAUCAGUAAAAAAUAUUGUGCCUAUUUAAGAUCGCAAAGCGUCAUACAACUGGCCUAAACGUUUGGAAAUUAUAAAUUCACUUUCGCAUCCAUAGCCUUAACGCAUCUCAAGUGCAAGUGCACUGUUUAGCUCACAUCUGAAGGCUCGGGGACAUUUAGAUCGCUAAAAUAUCCUAAUGAUUAUGAUCACACUUGGUCAACUCAAAUAUUAUGGCGACACUAUACCAAAGAUGGUUUGGUAUGUUUUAGAAACUUGGGAACCAAGCUCUAGUUAUCAGUGUAGCCCAGUUAUCACCUGGACUUGUCAUCUUCAUGCCUAGAAAAAAAACUCCAGGCUUCCCUCAUGACGGUCAAUUUAUUUGGAAAAUAAUGAAGAAUUACAGGGGGCAGUUAAGAAAAAACGAAUCCAGUCCGAAUCGUCCUCUGGAGCAACGGACAUUCUGGGGUAAUACUUACAUAACCAACGUUCUCCAGUAAUACUAGUCCCGUGCAAAUAAGGCUUAGCCUAAUUGUCUAAGAAUAUUGAGAGAGCAAACUCCAACUUAAUUAGGUCAUUAAUCAAUAGCCUAACUGUUAAAUGUGGCUGGGUUUAUAAAUCAUCCAUAUAUAACUACAUAAAUAAGACAGAUCUUGCUUCUGUUGCCUGUUUGAGUGUUUGUUUAGUAGCCUACUGAUUCCGUGAGCACCAAGCCUCAUGCAAUGGCAACAUGUUGGAAAAAACAAGUUCACAGAUUUGGCUGUUUUUAAUCUUCACUAUGCUGUAAUAAAGGCUUUACUUUUUUUGUUCGAACAGACUGGUAUUACUUAUAAUGUAUUUAGUGUUUACACUGUUCCAAACGGGCAGAAAAAUAAUAUUGUAAUCUAAUUACAUUGCAAUUACUAUUUACCUACAUUGUUGUUACUAAGAUGAUUACUAUGUAGUUACUAUAUAACAUCAACUCAAUUUAUAAGUGCUCUGGAUAAGAGCGUCUGCUAAAUUAUGUAAAUGUAAUCUAAUAGCACCUGUUUGUCACAUAAUAUGCAUGCAGCUCUCGCUCCUAUACCGUCCUUUUCUUGAUAUCCUUAUUAUUAUGAUCAUUAUAAUAAUUGUAAUGUCUUUAUCAUUAGUAGGCUUUGUAUAGUAGCUUUGUAUAACCACCAUCGAGCUGUAAGCCUAAGGGCGCGUCCUGUUUAGUCUUAAUACCAUAACUUACUUAUGCCUAUAUUCCAAUAUAUAGGCUACUGUAUAAAUCAUUCAUUCGUUCAUGCCAUCACACAGCAUACAAGACAUUCAUGCUUUGAAAUGCAAUCAAGCAUUUUAGUUUUAAAAUUAAAUAAUGAAGGGAGCUUUGAAUAAUUAGCCUAAACAAUAAAUAAACCGCAAUUCACGAAUGCAUGCAACUGUUUUUAGUCUGCUGUAAUAAAGGCCUUAUCUUUUUUUUUCUCGUUAGAACAGACUCUCUGGUACACUUAUUUGUUGUUUACAAUGUUCGAAAUGGUCAGAAAAUUAGAAUAUUGUAAUUUAACAGCAACUGUUUGGCACACAUAAUACUCACGCAGUGCUUGCUCCUAUACCCUCCCUUUUCUUGAUCUCCAGUAGUUUUCACAACUAAGUCAUAUCUUCAACAGAUCUGACUUCCCCUUUCCCUCCUGAGCAAUCAGUAAACAUUUGCCUGUUUCGAGUUUAUUUUUCACGUCCUCCGCAUCCAUUUUGCUGUCAACAUUACUGUGUUCAGAGUUUGUUAUAACCAAUUUAUUAAUGGGAUUAUGAUAGGCUAAAUAGGUCAGGCCCUAUUGGUCGCAUGCGAUGCUUACAUGUUUCACGUAAAGAGGGAAAGGGUUGAGGGAAUAGGGAAUGUUUUUCCUAAACAAAUUAAGGAUUUCAGUAACAGAACCUUUUCAGUCAGAAACAAGUAAGAAACUAAAUGGCUGAAAUUAUGUUGCAGCUUCAGCACGGACAGCGCCAUAAACACUUGCUGUGUUGUGGUGCAUUUUCACUGCAGUAGGGAGGAGAGUGAGACAAUGUGCACCAGUCACACAGGCACAUAAUUUUUUUUAACACUGUUUGCCCAUCGGGCUCUUUCUUGAGUCAUUUGUGUGUCUUCAUUAUUUAAUCAAACAUUGUGCUUAAAGCAUCAGACAAGCUCAGUGCAUAUGUAGUUGGUUUUAUUCAAACAGAUAGGGUGUGUCUGUCUAUAUAUGGAAAAAUAAGUUUAAACAUUUUGACCAAUCGAUUGGUCGAAAGAACAGGACAACUCUCGGACGACCAAGAUUUUUUUUUGUCGGGGACAGCCAGUGUUGCCAACUUAGCGACUUUGUCGCUAUAUUUAGCGAGUAUUCAGACCCCUCUAGCGACAUAUUUUUCAAAAAGCGACUAGCGACAAAUCUAGCGACUUUUUCUGGUGUUAUUGGAGACUUUUGGAGACUCUGACGUGAAAGCACGUAUCGUUCUUACUCUUCUCAACGAGCAGCGGGUGCUGCCGUGGGCCCCACCCCCUCCCAAAGCAUUCACAGGCGGCCCAGUCCUCGCACAGCAGUCCCUCCCAGCUGCAGUCAGAGCAGGAGAUGUUCACCCCUCCGCGUCCAGACUGCAAAUGAAUCGCACAUGUGGGAAGCCGCUGCUGGCUGAUCCCGCCCUGGCUUACAUUCAGGGCGGGAUGGAAAUGUAGGGUGUUUUUUUAGUCACUUUGUCUCUCCCACAACGCUUUUCCUCUCUCCUACAGUGUCCAUCACAAUUACAUGCACAUGGCCAAUUAUGCAAAUUAGUUGAUUACAUUAUUUAGCAACUUUUAGGACAGCCAAUAGCGACUUUCCUUACUGAGGAGUUGGCAACACUGGGGACAGCCCUAAUGCGAGCACAUUCAUUGGGUUCGCCUAGCUGAGUUCGGCUAGGCGGCAGCUUAACCAAAGCAUUCUGACGCCUUAACUUGGCGACACAAUUGUCAUUCUCGAUUCGGCCAAACCUGUAUCUUCUAAAAUGUCUUUGUCCAGUUGGAGGUGGUGCGUUUUCAAUUGAGAAAAUGCUCCGUUAUUAAAAUAAAUGUUUUUCUCUAUGAAGUAAUCCAACAAUGUGUACGCCACCAUCUUGUCUUUGAAAUCUUCUCUCAUUGAUCGAGGCAGGUGGGUCCACCCCAAAGUCCCGCAUGACACUCACCUGUCUUGAUCAAUGAGAGAAGAUUUCAAAGACAAGAUGGUGGCGUACACAUUGUUUGAUUACUUCAUGAAGCAAAACAAUUAUUAAUUUUAGUAACAGAGCAUUUUCUAAAUUCAAACGCACCACCUCAACUGGACACAGACAUUUUAGAAGAUGCAUGUUUGGAUGAAUUCAGAAUGAAGAUGGUAUCGUUAAGGUUGGUUGAAAUAUCUGUGCUACACCAAACAGUACCUAACCUAUAACUCCCAGUCAUGGAUACCAUCUGUAGGAGUUCUGUAGCUAGCUUGAUGCAUGCCUCUUCUCCUUAAGUCCUCAUUGAUCUGUGCAUUGGAAAGGUUAGCCCAGGUUCUACACAGAGUUGAGUGUUACUGUUAUAAUAACUGCACUUACAAGUUAUUCACGGUAUACAUGACGUCGAGCUUGUAGGGCUGUGGAAAGUUGUAAAAGUCAUAUGAGAACUUCAACAGAGUAUUCACCUUCUUCCUCAGAGUCAUACCUAGACAGGGUAGGCACACCACAACCUAUAUACCCCCACAUGCCCUGAUGUAAGUUGUAUACCCCACAUGCCCUGAUGUAAAUUCCGCCUGAAUGUUCACAUUUUCCUGAAAGGGGAUUGUGUAUAAGAAUUUCUUGUUGGUUGUUCUCAAAGGGGAUCUGACAGGACAAGUGUUGGCCUACACCAGCCUGCUGCCCAUAGCGAUCCUCGUAGGCUUUGUCACCCUCAUAGUGUUCAAGCGUGAACUGCACACGGUAAGUAAUGUAACCCAGAUACUUAGCCCAUAUGGGGUUACCCAAAUCCCUGCUGGACCACUAAAUGAGGAUAGAACAUAUGACACGCACUAAGCCCUACAUACAGAAAUGCUUGUGCAAGGUCAUAUAGAUUAGAUUAUUAUUGGUCUAUUGCCCAUUAAUAGUAAAGAUUAGGCUGAUGUUGCAAGUUACAUUGCUGUAAGAAAAUAUCUAAAAGCUGUAUUCAUUCACAUGGUGGACUAAGGCAUAUGAUCACACCUAAUCCUUUUCCCAUUCCUCGUCCCUAGAUCUCUUUCUUCGGUGGGCUUGUACUGAACGAAGGGGUGAAUUGGCUGCUGAAGCAUAUUCUACGGGAGCCCCGCCCAUGUGAAGGUGAGGAAAACGCCUGUAGUGACUCAGUACAUUCAUACAGUACAUUUGGAAAGUAUUCAACCCCUUGACUUUUUACACAUUUGUUACGUUACAGCCUUAUUCUAAAAUUGAUUAAAUUGUUUUUUCCCCUCAUCAGUCUACACACAAUACCCCAUAAUAACAAAGCAAAAACUAUUAUUAUUUUUUUUUUUGCAAAUGUAUUUAAAAAAAAUCACAUUUACAUACAGUGAGGGGGAAAAAGUAUUUGAUCCCCUGCUGAUUUUGAUCAGUCUAUAAUUUUAAUGGUAGGUUUAUUUGAACAGUGAGAGACAGAAUAACAACAAAAAUAUCCAGAAAAACGCAUGUCAAAAAUGUUAUAAAUUGAUUUGCAUUUUAAUGAGGGAAAUAAGUAUUUGACCCCUCUGCAAAACAUUACUUAGUACUUGGUGGCAAAACCCUUGUUGGCAAUCACAGAGGUCAGACGUUUCUUGUAGUUGACCACCAGGUUUGCACACAUCUCAGGAGGGAUGUUGUCCCACUCCUCUUUGCAGAUCUUCUCCAAGUCAUUAAGGUUUCGAGGCUGACGUUUAGCAACUCGAACCUUCAGCUCCCUCCACAGAUUUUCUAUGGGAUUAAGGUCUGGAGACUGGCUAGGCCACUCUAGGACCUUAAUGUGCUUCUUCUUGAGCCACUCCUUUGUUGCCUUGGCCGUGUGUUUUGGGUCAUUGUCAUACUGGAAUACCCAUCCGCGACCCAUUUUCAAUGCCCUGGCUAAGGGAAGGAGGUUCUCACCCAAGAUUUCACGGUACAUGGCCCCGUCCAUUGUCCCUUUGAUGCGGUGAAGUUGUCCUGUCCCCUUAGCAGAAAAACACCCCCAAAGCAUAAUGUUUCCACCUCCAUGUUUGAUGGUGGGGAUGGUGUUCUUGGGGUCAUAGGCAGCAUUCCUCCUCCUCCAAACACGGCGAGUUGAGUUGAUGGCAAAGAGCUCGAUUUUGGUCUCAUCUGACCACAACACUUUCACCCAGUUCUCCUCUGAAUCAUACAGAUGUUCAUUGGCAAACUUCAGACGGCCCUGUAUAUGUGCUUUCUUGAGCAGGGGGACCUUGCGGGCGCUGCAGGAUUUCAGUCCUUCACGGCGUAGUGUGUUACCAAUUGUUUUCUUGGUGACUAUGGUCCCAGCUGCCUUGAGAUCAUUGACAAGAUCCUCCCGUGUAGUUCUGGGCUGAUUCCUCACCGUUCUCAUGAUCAUUGCAACUCCACGAGGUGAGAUCUUGCAUGGAGCCCCAGGCUGAGGGAGAUUGACAGUUAUUUUGUGUUUCUUCCAUUUGCGAAUAAUCGCACCAACUUUUGUCACCUUCUCACCAAGCUGCUUGCCGAUGGUCUUGUAGCCCAUUCCAGCCUUGUGUAGGUCUACAAUCUUGUCCCUGACAUCCUUGGAGAGCUCUUUGGUCUUGGCCAUGGUGGAGAGCUUGGAAUGUGAUUGAUUGCUUCUGUGGACAGGUGUCUUUUAUACAGGUAACAAACUGAGAUUAGGAGCACUCCCUUUAAGAGUGUGCUCCUAAUCUCAGCUCGUUACCUGUAUAAAAGACACCUGGGAGCCAGAAAUCUUUCUGAUUGAGAGGGGGUCAAAUACUUAUUUCCCUCAUUUAAAAUGCAAAUCAAUUUAUAACAUUUUUGAUAUGCGUUUUUCUGGAUUUUUUUGUUGUUAUUCUGUCUCUCACUGUUCAAAUAAACCUACCAUUAAUAUUAUAGACUGAUCAUUUCUUUGUCAGUGGGCAAAUGUACAAAAUCAGCAGGGGAUCAAAUACUUUUUUCCCUCACUGUAAGUAUUCAGACCCUUUACUCAGUACUUUGUUGAAGCACCAGUUGGCAGCAAUUACCGCCUUGAGUCUUCUUGGGUAUGACGCUACAAGCUUGGCACACAUUUGGGGAAUUUCUCCCAUUCUUCUCUGCAGGUGCUCUCAAGCUCUGUCAGGUUGGAUGGGGAGCGUCGCUGCACAGCUAUUUUCAGGUCUCUCCAGAGAUGUUAGAUCGGGUUCAAGUCCGGGCUCUGGCUGGGUCACUCAAGGACAUUCAGAGACUUGUCCCGAAGCCACUCCUGCGUUGUCUUGGCUAUGUGCGUAGGGUCGUUGUCCUGUUGGAAGGUGAACCUUCGCUCCAGUCUGAGGUCCUGAGCGCUCUGGAGCAGGUUUUCAUCAAGGAUCUCUUUGUACUUUGCUCUGUCUGGACGAAGCCACUCCUCAGUAAAAGGCACAUGACAAACCGCUUGGAGUUUUCCAAAAGACGCCUAAAGGACUCUCGGACCAUGAGAAACACAAUUCUCUGCUCUGAUGAAACCAAGGUUGAACUCUUUGGCCUGAAUGCCAAGCGUCACGCCCUACGGUGAAGCAUGGUGGCCGCAUCAUGCUGUGGGGAUGUUUUUUAGAGGCAGGGACUGGAAAACUAGUCAGGAUCGAGGGAAAGCUGAACGGAGCAAAGUAGAGAGAGAUCCUUGAUGAAAAGCUGCUCCAGAGCGCUCAGGACCUCAGACUGGAGCGAAGGUUCACCUUCCAACAGGACAAUCACCCUAAGCACACAGCCCAGUCAGAGCCUGGCCUUUAACCCGAUCGAACAUCUCUGGAGAGACAUGAAAAUAGCUGUGCAGCGACGCUCCCAAUCCAACCUGACAGAGCUUGACAGGAUAUGCAGAGAAGAAUGGGAGAAACUCCCCAAGUACAGGUGUGCCAAGCUUGUAGCGUCAUACCCAAGAAGAAUCGUGGUUGAAAUCGCUGCCAAAGGUACUUCAACAAAGUACUGAGUGAAGGGUCUGAAUACUUGUGUAAAUGUGAUAUUUCAGUUUAUUAUUUCAUUAUAAAUUAGCAACAAUUCCUUAACCUGUUUUUGCUUUGUCAUUAUGGGGUAUUGUGUGUAGAUUGAUGAGGGGGGGGGGGGGGGGGGAACAAGUUAAUCCAUUUUAGAAUAAGUAACGUAAAACAAAAUGUGGAAAAAGUGAAGGUCUGAACUUUCCGAAUGCAUUGUAAACAUACAAAUAAUUCCAAUACACAGUGUCUGUCUGUGCAUCAAAUAUACAGUAGGUGUAUGGUAACAUAAGUUCAUACUGUAGGCAAGACAGAAUGCAGAAAUGGUACACAGCAUUACUUAGCUAAUGCUUCCAGUUCGCAGCCAGACAGAUUUUGUAUUAGAAAAAAACUAAUGAGCCAAUCGCUUUUGUAUGGGUCACAGUGGAGAGAACGGGGAGCAUUCAGUUGUCAGUCGAUUUUUAAGGUAGUAUGUUUUAUUGGUGUCUCUCAGUCAGACUGAAUUGUACACCAGUUUUCAAUCAUAUAUAAUUAUCAAAUGGUAAAAUCCUAAACUAGCAAAACAUUUAGUAUGAUACAAUGUUAAAAUAUGCUAGCUAUAUAUAUAUAUAUAUAUAUAUAUAUAUAUAUAUAUAUAUAUAUAUAUAUAUAUAUAUAUAUAUAUAUACAUACAUACAGUGAGGGGAAAAAAGUAUUUGAUCCCCUGCUGAUUUUGUACGUUUGCCCACUGACAAAGACAUGAUCAAUCUAUAAUUUUAAUGGUAGGUUUAUUUGAAUAGUGAGAGACAGAAUAACAACAAAAAAAUCCAGAAAAACACAUGUCAAAAAUGUUAGAAAUUGAUUUCCAUUUUAAAUGAGGGAAAUAAGUAUUUGACCCCCUCUCAAUCAGAAAGAUUUCUGGCUCCCAGGUGUCUUUUAUACAGCUGAGAUUAGGAGCACACUAUUAAAGGGAGUGCUCCUAAUCUCAGUUUGUUACCUGUAUAAAAGACACCUGUCCACAGAAGCAAUCAAUCAAUCACAUUCCAAGCUCUCCACCAUGGCCAAGACCAAAGAGCUCUCCAAGGAUGUCAGGGACAAGAUUGUAGACCUACACAAGGCUGGAAUGGGCUACAAGACCAUCGCCAAGCAGCUUGGUGAGAAGGUGACAACAGUUGGUGCGAUUAUUCGCAAAUGGAAGAAACACAAAAUAACUGUCAAUCUCCCUCGGCCUGGGGCUCCAUGCAAGAUCUCACCUCGUGGAGUUGCAUUGAUCAUGAGAACGGUGAGGAAUCAGCCCAGAACUUCACGGGAGGAUCUUGUCAAUGAUCUCAAGGCAGCUGGGACCAUAGUCACCAAGAAAACAAUUGGUAACACACUACGCCGUGAAGGACUGAAAUCCUGCAGCGCCCGCAAGGUCCCCCUGCUCAAGAAAGCACAUAUACAGGGCCAUCUGAAGUUUGCCAAUGAACAUCUGAAUGAUUCAGAGGAGAACUGGGUGAAAGUGUUGGGGUCAGAUGAGACCAAAAUCGAGCUCUUUGGCAUCAACUCAACUCGCCGUGUUUGGAGGAGGAGGAAUGCUGCCUAUGACCUCAAGAACACCAUCCCCACCGUCAAACUUUGAGGUGGAAACAUUAUGCUUUGGGGGUGUUUUUCUGCUAAGGGGACAGGACAACUUCACUGCAUCAAAGGGACGAUGGACGGGGCCAUGUACCGUCAAAUCUUGGGUGAGAACCUCCUUCCCUCAGCCAGGGUGUUGAAAAUGGGUUGUGGAUGUGUAUUCCAGCAUGACAAUAAUCCAAAACACACGGCCAAGGCAACAAAGGAGUGGCUCAAGAAGAAGCACAUUAAGGUCCUGGAGUGGCCUAGCCAGUCUCCAGACCUUAAUCCCAUAGAAAAUCUGUGGAGGGAGCUGAAGAUUCGAGUUGCCAAACGUCAGCCUCAACCUUAAUGACUUGGAGAAGAUCUGCAAAGAGGAGUUGGACAAAAUCCCUCCUGAGAUGUGUGCAAACCUGGUGGCCAACUACAAGAAACGUCUGACCUCUGUGAUUGCCAACAAGGGUUUUGCCACCAAGUACUAAGUAAUGUUUUGCAGAGGGGUCAAAUACUUAUUUCCCUCAUUAACAUGCAAAUCAAUUUAUAACAUUUUUGACAUGCGUUUUUCUGAUUUUUUUUGUUGUUAUUCUGUCUCUCACUGUUCAAAUAAACCUACCAUUAAAAUUAUAGACUGAUCAUGUCUUUGUCAGUGGGCAAAUGUACAAAAUCAACAGGGGAUCAAAUACUUUUUUCCCUCACUGUGUGUGUGUGUGUAUAUAUUCAGUGGGGAGAACAAGUAUUUGAUACACUGCCGAUUUUGCAGGUUUUCCUACUUACAAAGCAUGUAGAGGUCUGUAAUUUAUCAUAGGUACACUUCAACUGUGAGAGACGGAAUCUAAAACAAAAAUCCAGAAAAUCACAUUGUAUAAUUUUUAAGUAAUUAAUUUGCAUUUUAUUGCAUGACAUAAGUAUUUGAUACAUCAGAAAAGCAGAACUUAAUAUUUGGUACAGAAAGCUUUGUUUGCUAUUACAGAGAUCAUAUGUUUCCUGUAGUUCUUGACCAGGUUUGCACACACUGCAGCAGGGAUUUUGGCCCACUCCUCCAUACAGACCUUCUCCAGAUCCUUCAGGUUUUGGGGCUGUCGCCGGGCAAUACAGACUUUCAGCUCCUUCCAAAGAUUUUCUAUUGGGUUUAGGUCUGGAGACUGACUAGGCCACUCCAGGACCUUGAGAUGCUUCUUACGGAGCCACUCCUUAGUUGCCCUGGCUGUGUGUUUCGGGUCGUUGUCAUACUGGAAGACCCAGCCACGACCAUCUUCAAUGCUCUUACUGAGGGAAGGAGGUUGUUGGCCAAGAUCUCGCGAUACAUGGCCCCAUCCAUCCUCCCCUCAAUAAGGUGCAGUCGUCCUGUCCCCUUUGCAGAAAAGCAUCCCCAAAGAAUGAUGUUUCCACCUCCAUGCUUCACGGUUGGGGUGGUGUUCUUGGGGUUGUACUCAUCCUACUUCUUCCUCCAGUUUAGACCAAAAAGCUAUAUUUUUGUCUCAUCAGACCACAUGACCUUCUCCCAUUCCUCCUCUGGAUCACCCAGAUGGUCAUUGACAAACUUCAGACGGGCCUGGACAUGCGCUGGCUUGAGCAGGGGGACCUUGCGUGCGCUGCAGGAUUUUAAUCCAUGACGGCGUAGUGUGUUACUAAUGGUUUUCUUUGAGACUGUGGUCCCAGCUCUCUUCAGGUCAUUGACCAGGUCCUGCCGUAUAGUUCUGGGCUGAUCCCUCACCUUCCUCAUGAUCAUUGACGCCCCAUGAGGUGAGAUCUUACAUGGAGCCCCAGACCGAGGGUGAUUGACCGUCAUCUUGAACUUCUUCCAUUUUCUAAUAAUUGUGCCAACAGUUGUUGCCUUCUCACCAAGUUGCUUGCCUAUUGUCCUGUAGCCCAUCCCAGCCUUGUGCAGGUCUACAAUUUUAUCCCUGAUGUCCUUACACAGCUCUCUGGUCUUGACCAUUGUGGAGAGGUUGGAGUCUGUUUGAUUGAGUGUGUGGACAGGUGUCUUUUAUACAGGUAACGAGUUCAAACAGGUGCAGUUAAUACAGGUAAUGAGUGGAGAACAGGAGGGCUUCUUAAAGAAAAACUAACAGGUCUGUGAGAGCCGGAAUUCUUACUGGUUGGUAGGUGAUCAAAUACUUAUGUCAUGCAAUAAAAUGCAAAUUAAUUAUUUAAAAAUCAUACAAUGUGAUUUUCGGGAUUUUUGUUUUAGAUUCCGUCUCUCACAUUUGAAUUGUACAUAUGAUAAAAAUUACAGACCUCUACAUGCUUUGUAAGUAGGAAAACCUGCAAAAUCGGCAGUGUAUCAAAUACUUGUUCUCCCCACUGUAUGUAUGUAUGUGUGUGUGUGUGUGUGUGUGUGUGUAUAUAUAUAUAUAUAUAUAUAUAUAUAUACACACACACACACACAAAACAACAAUAAUAUGGGUGGCAGCUUGUUGUUGAAGGCAUUUCUAACGUAAGCAACUCUUGACUUUAACCGUCACGAGUUUGACUAAUUUCAGCUUUUGACUGACAAAAAUGGCCAAUGCAUAUGGCCUAGAGCGCCUAUUUGUGAUUAAUGUCAUACCAUGUGGUUAAUCCCUGUUCUUCCUUAUAUUUUCCCAGGAGCUCACACAACCCUGACUACGGAAUAUGGGAUGCCCUCCAGUCAUUCCCAGUUCAUCUGGUUUUUUGUUGUUUACUUCUUUCUUUUCCUUUAUUUAAGGUGAGUGACUGUUCUCUCCCAGACAACAUUUAUUUUCAAAUAAAAAAAAAGUAAUGAAAAUGAUUUUUAUAAAUUCAUAGUCUGUAUGCAUUGUAACCAUACAUGGCAUUUGAUGUCGGCUGACGCACUUUGCCUCCUGUGUCUAGAAUGCAUCAAACGAACAACGCUCGGUGUGUGGAGCUGCUGUGGAGACACAUACUGUCCAUCACCUUGUUGGGCGUGGCCUUAUCAGUGUCAUACAGCAGGUGAGGGAGUGGAGGGGGAGACCCAGUGUAAAAAAAACAACUAAUUUAUCUAGAUUUUAAUGUAUUUUUAGACAAUGACACAGUUGGUCAAUUUGGUCCCAACUCUUGAAACUAUUUAGCUGUUAAUAACUGUAUCGUAAUUAGCUAAAUACAAGAAUUGCACAAUUGCUAUUUUUUAAAAAUAUAUAAUGUAUGCAUCUUUUUCUCAGGGUAUACCUGUUGUACCACACUUGGAGUCAGGUCUUCUAUGGGGGAGUGGCCGGUAGCACCAUAGGAGUAGUCUGGUUCUUCUUCACACAGGAGGUGCUGACACCGCUAUUCCCCAAGAUGGCAGCAUGGUAAAGAACGGGACACCUCUCAGGGGGGCACACAGGCUUGGCUUAGCAAGAAGUGAACCAUCAGAGCCUGGCACGGAUUUGGCCAGCGUAUACUGUAGCUAGUGUUUCUGAUGUGUUCAUCUUGAUUAUCUCUUGUGUACUUUUCCCUUUCUCAGUGUUUCUCCAUUUUUGACUUUGUCCCACCUCUCUCCCCAUCCCUGACUGCUGACAGGCCGAUAUCAGAGUUCUUUCUGGUGCGGGACACGAGCCUGAUCCCCAACAUCCUGUGGUUCGAGUACACGGUGACCAGGUCAGAGGCGAGGUGAGGGACAUAUUUUAAUCACCAAAUUCAGUGGGAAUCUGUGUGACUCCAUAUAGAGUUUGUUUUUAACCAUGUUUACAUGUGUAGUAAUGGUUUGAAUGUCUGCUUAUCCUCCAGAAACAGACAACGGAAGCUUGGAACAAAACUUCAGUGA